CACCGUUCUUCUUUCCUUUUUAUUUACAAAACACAUGUGCUUGUUUUGUAAUUCCUCAGUUGGCACAAAUUCUACUUUUUUGUGCUGAAAUCACAUCAAAAUGAGGAUAGAAACGUGUUAUUUCUGCUCCAGUAAGAUCUUCCCCGGUCACGGGAUGGUUUUUGUGAGGAAUGACUGCAAGGUAUUUCGGUUUUGCCGUUCCAAAUGCCGCCGUGCGUUCAACAAGAAAAAGAACCCGAGGAAGACCCGCUGGACCAAGGUUUACCGGAAGACUAACGGCAAGGAGCUCACGAUCGACCCGGCCUUCGAGUUCGAGAAGCGCCGCAAUGUUCCUACCAAAUACAACCGGGAACUGUGGAGCAAAACGAUCGAUGCCAUCAAAAAGAUCACCGAAAUCAAGGAACGACGGGAGCGACACUUUGUCAUGGAACGGCUGCGAAAGGCUCGGGAUCACGAAAUCCACCGGGACAUUGUGGAUGUGCAGAAGAACAUCUCCCUCAUCCGGUCACCUGCGGUCGGUCUCAAAGAGCGCCGCGCCAAGGAGGAAGCCCAACAGUCGGCCCUGCUCAUGGACGUGGAAGGCGAGGACGAGGAGGAAAUCGAGUACGUGGACGCCCGUCAGCUGGAAAAGCAGCUGGAAGAAUCGUCCGCCAUGCUAGAGGAGGAUGCCGAAAUGAUGAAGGCUUAGGUUUUCGGAUUCGCGGCUCCAUUAGGUUAUGUUUUUAAGGAUGUUCUCUAAGCUAAGUACCCCCUUUACUUCCCGUAAGUACCGAAAUUGAGAUAUAAUAUUUAACUUCUUAAACAGUUGAAAAUGAAAAGCAAAUGGUACACGA